AUCCCAUUUCCUAGUGUGAAUUUAGGCAGAUGCGGAUGACUAGAAAACGCGUGCGGUGCAUUGUUUUGAUCAUAUUCUUUCUUCUGCAUCAAAUAAAAACCCAAAAGGGUUAGAAUAUUAUUUGGGAAAGACCCAGAAGCAGGAAAGAGAACCACUUGAAUUAUUUGGAAUAUAUUGUUGACGUUGACUUAGCCAUGUACAAAGACGAAGACUUGCUGUUCUUUGUUGAUCUAGGUAGAGUUCCUGUGGAUUCCUGAUUGGAAGGAAAUUAAGUAGAAACAGCGUGUCAAGACUCGAGACCUUUGAAACUACCGUCUUUUCCAGCCCUAUUUUUUUCUGCUGUGUUUCUAAGCAAAUAGGAGAGCACAGUCAAGAACUCAGGAUGACUCACAACCAAUUUAGCAGCGGUUUAGAAUCGGCAAACUUGGUGGUGACCUCUGAUCCGGUACACCAGGCAUGGAGUGCGAUUGAGAAACAAAAACAGAUUAAUCCGAAUGCAGAAUCAACUUUGUGCAAUGUAACCCAAGAAUCAAAUCUAACCAUCAUAGCUUUCGGCACUCCACUUGGCUCUCUUCAUGAAGAAGGCGGCUUGGUUUCAUCGUCAACUCUCAAGGCCGACAAUUUUAUUGACUUGGAACUUUUAUUCACCAAAAGCAACGAAAGUUUCUCAAUCAAUCAAGCAGCAAUCAAGCUUUUUCGCUCCAACUACGAUGAGCUGAAUCGGAAGAAAACUGAGCUGAUAGAGCUUAGUGAGAUUUCACUAAUAAUCAUCACCGGACAAUCUGUGGGAGGCAGUGCGGCUACGCUCUUCACCUUAUGGUUGUUGAAAGGGCUAGAUUUAUUGAAAACCAAACGCCCCCUUUGCAUUACUUUUGGCUCACCCCUAGUUGGCGAUGAACAUCUCCGACAAUGUGUGUCGCAGUUCGCAACAUGGAAAUCUUGCUUCUUGCAUGUAGCCUCUAACCAAGAUCCUACACCUAAACUUUUUCUAACCCGAAAUACGAGUGGGGCUUAUAAGCCUUUCGGGGCAUUCCUAUUAUGCUCUUCAUCCGGUUGUGCUUGCUCUGAGGACCCGGACCUCAUCUUGGAACAGUUGGUGACAACCAAUUCUCUAAGUGCACAAAACCAAGAUCCUAAUAUAGAGUUUAGUUACAGUCAAGUUUUGGAAGAUCUCAAGCACAAGGCGUUAUGUAAGAGCAGUUCUCCGUCUAUCGAAAGGGAAAGAGAUCCACUUCAAGCAAGCUUUGUCACACAACUACUAGCAAUUGGAGUUCUCACACAGCAACAGCCCGAUACAGAGAUGAAGAAUCUGAUUCAAAGGAUGAAAAAACAUGAAACAGAGUUAUUAAUUCAGAAGAAGAAGAAGAAUUCUGGUUCAGACAAGAAAUUGAAUAAGAUGAAAACGUGUUUGGCCUUAUUCGAGUGGUACGAGAAGGAGUCAAACUUUUUGAACACUGGAUACUAUGACAUGUACAAAAAGCAGUGCAAUCCGAGUGAUAUUAAUGUUAGUGAGUACAAGAAAAGGCUUUUGAAUUUCUGGGAGGACACAGUUAUAGAAGUAGAGAAUAAGCCUCAGAUGGAAGGAUCUCCCCUUGAAGUACGUUGGCUUUGGGCGGGUACAAACUACAGAAGGAUGAUUGAACCACUUCACAUUGCAGAGUUCUACAAGAAAAGUGGCGCGAGAAAUUACAAAAAUGGUGGGAAAAGGCCUAAACAUUUCAUUCUAUUGGAGCAAUGGCUGGAAAAGGAGAUAGAAGGGUUAGCCAAAAGACAGAUGCCUGCUUCUUUAAAUGAAGAUUCUUGUUUCUGGGCACACGUUGAGGAUGCCAUUAUCUUGUGCAACCUUUUGAACAAUGGAGAAUCGGUUACCGAUGCAGAGAAAGUAACAUACAAGGAGGAGUUGAAAAAGUUCGAGGAUUACGUGUGCAAUGCUAUCGACAACUAUACAGUGGCUCCUCGUGUUUUCUUGGAGAAGGGCACUUUUAUGAGAUGGUGGAAGGAGUACAAGGGAAUUGUUGGAAGUGCUUACUCCUCACAGCUCGCUGACUAUAUGAACAAUCGCACUUACCUCAAGUAUAAAUGAAGAAGGGAGCUUAACUGGGUUAUUACCAUAUAUCCAAUGAAUUGUACCUAGUUUGGUGUUAUCUAUCUUUUUUCUGUCUUCUUGGUGGGAUGUCCCUUUUGCCAUAUUGAUGGUAUUAGGACCUUUUGUUUUGUUUGUAGAUUGCUUCUGUCAAAACACAAUAUAUAAACCAUAGGCUGGAGGAGAAAGCAAAGAUAUAGUACUUGUCUUGAGUUAGUGUUGCAGAUGAUGAGAUCCACUUGAUAACCAUUUUGGUUUAGUCAAGGUUGUAGUAGUGCCACCACCAUUUUGGCCGGAAGAACUUGUUGCUCUUGAGUAGGAACUUGAUGUGUGCAUAUAUUUUCUUAUCAGAAGUAAACUGUUAUUUUCUACUU